ACUGGAUCUCGACAGGCGAUGUGUUCUCCUGUCUAAGAGAACAAGAGCCCAGAUUCCUCGUUAAAACCCACCAUGAUAGGGGAGAUUGGUGCUGUAAUGGCCUUUGCCUAGCUGCGUCAGUUGCUGACAAUACGUUAUUCCUUCUGACCGAUGCCUUGAACUUUAGCUCUUUACGUAUUGAAACGGCUCUGCGAUUCAUUAUUCAAUGCCGAAUGCUCUCGAGACUAGAAGAGAGUGUGCAUCUGCGCUUCAGUUCGACAUCUUAUGGAUCAUGCCCCCCCCCUUCUUGACGUUUAUAUGAAAUGGACAAAGUUGGUCGAUUUGAUCCUGAUGGUGGAUGAACUGCUCAACGGUGCAAAGCUGUUGUGGGUUGGACUGAAAUGUCUGGGUAAGAUUAUCUUCCACUGUCAUGGUCCAAAUCUCAGUUCUAGAUUCCCUGGAAGUUGGUCGCUGAACGUGGAAUUAGGCGGCGCGUACAAUUCUGGCUCCCCUGAUGCCCUAAUGGCAUUUUGUCGACACCUGCAAUUAGAGCUUGAGAAGCAUAACAUCUCUGUCGAGGUAGAGACCUCGGCUUAUAGUGAGUUCCGUUCGUUUGAGUUGAUUCUGACGGCGUUUGUAUGUAGAGCUUUGACCCGAGAAUCCAUCUCCCAUAGAGUUCCGGGAUGCCAGGGAUGCCAUCGAGUUCCUUCUAUCGGCCGGUGCAGACGCAGAGAAUAGCGUUCUGAGGACUCCUCGGGCAUAACUACAAGCUCGCU